GUUGAAGCCGUUUGCUCUGUCAGACAUGCGCAGGAGCGGCAGGAGCGGCAGUUGCAGCGCUGCGCUUGGUUUCCGCUUUGGCUGAGCGGCGCACACUCAGCUCUGCUCUGACGGAGAGGGGAGGGACGCGGCGGAGGACGAGAGAGGAGCGAACCGAGCGAGACGCAGUGGGGCAGGCACACGCCACAGAGCCGAGAGCGAGGAAAACCAGAGGGGCAAUCACGCCAAGCAAAACGUCGCGUAAACAGCCUAGCACUCAGUAUGGAGAAGCAACGAGCAAGGGAGAAAAUGUGAGAUUUCCCCCCCAAAAAAACAGAGCCAGAGGUGUUUGAGUCCUCUUUUGAGUGAUUACUGAAGCUCGAGAGAUUUGAAAAAUGAAAAAGUUUAACAUCAGGAAGGUGUUGGACGGUCUGAAAGAGGCGUCCUCCUCCACCCCGACUGUCCAAGUGGGACCACAGGAGAACCAUCUGAUCCCUGAGAGCCUCCAGUCCGAGCAUUUCCAGCUCUGCAAGACUGUUCGGCAUGGCUUCCCCUACCAGCCCUCAGCUAUGGCAUUUGACCCAGUGCAGAAGAUCCUGGCCAUAGGAACACAGAGUGGAGCUCUAAGAAUAUUUGGACGUCCUGGGGUGGAGUGUUAUUGCCAGCACGAGAGCGGCGCAGCGGUCAUCCAGCUGCAGUUUCUCAUCAAUGAGGGGGCGCUGGUGAGUGCUUUGGCAGAUGACAGUGUCCACUUGUGGAACCUGAGGCAGAAGAGACCAGCCGUGCUGCAUUCACUCAAGUUCAACAGAGAGAGGAUCACCUUCUGCCACCUGCCCUUCCAAAGCAAAUGGCUGUACAUCGGCACCGAACGCGGGAACGUCCACAUUGUCAACGUGGAGUCCUUCAUGCUCUCAGGCUACGUCAUAAUGUGGAAUAAAGCCAUCGAGCUGUCGUCCAAGGCUCAUCCAGGGCCCGUCGUUCACAUAAGCGACAAUCCUAUGGAUGAAGGAAAGCUCAUAAUUGGAUUCGAGUCGGGGAUUGUGGUCCUGUGGGAUCUGAAAUCAAAGAAGGCCGACUAUCGCUACACGUAUGACGAGGCGAUCCACUCUGUCGCCUGGCACCACGAGGGCAAACAGUUCAUCUGCAGUCACUCAGACGGGACCCUGACCAUAUGGAACGUGAGGGGCCAGGGCAAGCCCAUCCAGACAAUCACGCCGCACGGAAAACAGCCCAAGGACGGGAAGAAGCCAGAGCCUUGUAAACCCAUUCUCAAAGUGGAGUACAAAACCACCAGGAAUGGGGAGCCCUUUAUAAUCCUGUCUGGAGGCCUGUCCUUCGACACAGUGGGCCGUCUGCCCUGUUUGACUGUGAUGCACGGGAAGAGCACUGCUGUGUUAGAGAUGGACUACCCUAUAGUCGACUUCCUCACUCUGUGUGAGACCCCAUACCCCAAUGAUUUUCAGGAACCUUAUGCGGUGGUGGUCCUCUUAGAAAAGGAUUUAGUGGUGAUCGACCUUGCACAAAACGGUUACCCCAUAUUUGAAAACCCCUACCCCCUGACCAUCCACGAGUCUCCUGUGACGUGCUGCGAGUACUUUGCCGACUGCCCUGUGGAUCUCAUACCUGCACUUUACUCUGCUGGAUCACGGCAGAAACGACAGGGCUACAGCAAACGGGAAUGGCCUAUUAGUGGUGGAAACUGGGGUCAAGGCACACAAAGCUACCCUGAGAUCAUCAUUACCGGACACGCUGAUGGAACUGUGAAGUUUUGGGAUGCCUCUGCAAUAAUGCUCCAGGUGCUUUACAAGCUGAAAACAGCCAAGGUGUUUGACAGGAGCAGGUCGAAGGAAGAGAAGGGCAGCACAGAGGUGUCAGAUGAGGACCCUUUUGCCAUCCAGAUCCUGGCCUGGUGUCCCGAGAGCCGCAUGCUGUGUGUGGCUGGAGUGUCCGCCAACCUCCUCAUCUACCGCUUCAGCAAACUAGAGGUCACCACCGAGGUCGUCCAGUUACUAGAGGUCCGGAUGCAGUGUGAGCUGAAUGACAGUGACUCUCCAGACGGGGGAGGAGGGGAGCAGAUGUCAGGACACCCCACCCCCAGAGCCUCCCCCCAGACCAGUGGACCACCGUCACACCCCUCCACCAGCAGCAACAACUCGGACAGCGGCAACAUCCCCUGCCUCAAGGUUCGGAAUGCCCCUCUGAAGCAGUCUCCCGGUUACCAGGUGGACUUGGUGGUCCAGUUGGUGUGGGUGAGUGGAGAGCCCUCGCAGCAGAUCACCAGUAUAGCCCUCAACUCCUCUAACGGCCUUGUCGUGUUUGGGAACAGUAAUGGUCUGGCGGUGGUGGACUACAUCCAGAAAACAGUGGUGUUAAACCUGGGCACGGUGGAGCUUUACGGCUGUAACGACCCGUACCAGAGACAGCCCCGCUCGCCUCGGAAGACAAGGCAGCCCUCUGGAGGUCUUUGUGAUAUCAAUGAGGGUUCUGCCACAUCUGAGGACCGCUGCAAGUCCCCCACGUCAGACCGGGACAACUCGUUCAGCCGCUCGCGCUCCUCCAGCGUCACCAGCAUUGACAAAGAGUCCAAAGAGGCCAUCUCCUCUUUCCACUUCUGUGAGACCUACGCACGCAAAGGAGACACUAUCCUCACCCCAUGUCUGUUUGUGGGCACCUCUCUGGGCACAGUGCUGUGUUUAGCAGUCACAAUGCCUCCUGCUGGAGAGCAACGGCAGCUGCAGCCAGUUAUUAUUUCACCCGCAGGCAUGCUGGUCCGUCUCAAAGGCGGUGUGUUGCGGAUGUCCUUCUUGGACUCGUCAGGCUCUCACUUGCCCCCGGCGUACGAGCCCUGGUUUGAGCCCAACAUCACUACAGACGGAGAGGAGCGGGUCAGAAAACGCCGUCCCGUGUCUGUGUCCCCCUCCACGUCCCAGGACCUGAGCGAGAGCCAGUACGCUGUGGUUUGCUCCGAGAAGCAGGCCAAGGUCAUAUCUCUGCCCUCGCAGACCUGCAUCUACAAACACAGCAUCACAGAGACCUCCUUUAUCUUGAGGGCUGAUGUCGUGCACAUGAGCCAAGGAGCCUGUGUGGCCUGCUUCUGCGCCAACGGACACAUCAUGACCCUCAGUUUACCAGGCCUCAGACCACUCAUGGAUGUAAACUACCUGCCUUUGACUGACAUGCGGAUAGCCCGGACGUUCUGCUUCUCUAACCUGGGCCAGGCCAUGUACAUGUGCUCCCCCACCGAGAUCCAGAGAAUUACCUACAGCCAGGAAGUCUGUGAAAACCUGCAGGAGAUGCUUGGUGAGCUGUUCACUCCAGUGGAGACACCAGAGGCUCCAAACAGAGGCUUCUUCAAAGGCCUUUUUGGGGGCGGAGCACAGUCCCUGGACAGAGAAGAGCUGUUUGGCGAGGUGGCAGCUGGCAAAGCCUCCCGCACUCUGGCUCAGCACAUCCCGGGUCCAGGGGGCAUCGAGGGCAUGAAGGGCGCCGCCUCGGGGGUGGUGGGAGACCUGGCCCGAGCACGGAUCGCUCUGGACGAGAGGGGACAGAAACUGGGAGAGCUGGAGGACAGGACAGCUGCUAUGAUGGCCAGCGCAGAUACCUUUUCAAAACAUGCCCAUGAGAUGAUGCUCAAGUGCAAAGAUAAAAAGUGGUACCAGUUCUGAUCAGGCCCGGGGCCCAGCUGGUCAUCCAUCGCGUCCAUCUCUCCGUCCAUCCCUCCUGGCCUUCUUCACUCGAACUUUCGGGAGCUUCUUCCCUAGCACAAUGACGAACACUGUCUAUACCUCAGUCUUCUGGACACUGGAACUGAGGGGCACAUGGGGGAGAAGGACAAAACAGUGUCUUUUUUAUGUGUUCUGUCACUCAUCUCUUCGCUCGGAGCUCUCUGAUUGGUCAGCGAUCCUGGAGACUCUUCAUUCUCAUUUGCCAAAACUGUCCCCUUUACUGUUGUCUUCACUCCAAGCCUUUUGUGGCCAGUAUUCAAACCGACGAACACAACGAAGAAAGACGAUUAUUAUAAGUGACUAUAAAUUAUUGAAGAAAAUGUAAAAAAUAGCUAUUCUGAAUACAUCAUUAUAUAUAAAUGAAUUGAAUUAAUGUGCAAUGCUGUAUCCACUUCCGAGUGACGCGUUCAAACGAGGACAGAGCAGAAGGCCCAAGGACACAGUGCAAAACGCCACAGGAAGUGCAGCGUCCAUCUCACUGCAGACUCUCCUCUAUCCACAGGUCUCAUAGUGUUACCUACAGUGUGUGAGUGAAUAUAUGUGUGUUAAUUUAUAUGUUCUCUGCCAAUCCUCACUUUGUUUGUUUUUGGCUCUGGUCUGUAUUAUUGGAAAAUCUCUUAUUUUUAUAUUGUGAAAGUAGAAACUAUUUGAUUUGUUGAGAGGAAAAAAAAACUUGUCUAAAGGCUGAAGUUAAUUUAAGUUAAGUUAUCCUUUUGCAAAGGGCUGGAACACGAGGAGGGAAGGCUGUGUAGGCAAACCUGAUUCAGUGACAUGGCAUUACUUGAUAUAGAAAUUUAUCUAUGAACUUCUCAUAAUAAACUUGUCUACCUGAGUUCCCAUUCCUACAUAUGAAGUAGUAACUCUCCCUCCACUGUCAUCUGCUUCCAGUGAAUCCCUUUCUAAGUGUUACUUUACAAAUGCUGAUGAUGUGUGACACAAAGCCAGAUGUGUUGGAUGACAUACACAUGAGUAGAAGGCCUAUUUAUGUGUACUCAUAUAUGCAGGUUAAUACUGACACAUAUGUGUACUCCUUUAAGACCUCGCUUAUUUUUCUUACACUUGUUUUGUAUGAGAAGCUCUUAAGUCUGUUCUUUAUUUUCUAAGGUGCAGAACCCGGUGUCAGAAAUGUUGCGUUUCUACUGUAUUUCCAUUUGCUGAACACUCCAAUGUGUCCUUUUCUCUGUCUACCUGGCUUUUAACCUUUAUUUGUAUAUAAGUAAAUAGUUGACAAUCUAAGACCAACUAGAAAGUACAUAAGUGGAACGUACAUAUAAUGGUUGCUGAUGCAACGCCAGAGGAGAGAGGCCAUAUUUUUUCUGACGCCAAAGAGUUGCUUUAUCUUUUCAUUGCAUUUUCAUGUUUGUGCAUCAUGAGUGUUGGGCAUUUGUCUAUGGCACAGCUUUCAUCUAUAGAGCCAAGAUCCCGGCUUAAAUCAGGUCAGCAUAUAGAAAUAUUCACUCGAACUUUGAGGUUAAAAAAAGAUUGAGCAUCCAUCAUGGUAUGUUGUAACAUUGAAUAAAUGUUUCAGUUGAAUUGACUCAGUUGUUGAUCAAUGAGGUUGUGUCCCUCACUCCUGUAUUACACCACAACACUUCUUAUAUGUGUUUAUGUCUGCCAUUGUAUUUCUCUGGUUUCAUUAUGUAGAACCAUUUCUGUUGCUCCCUUUACCACGUGUACUUACACCACUGCAGCAUUAUAAGGUGACCUCCACUUUACCACAUACUUUGUUUUACAGUUUUCAGACUAAUAUUUUGCCUUGUGUGCUCAUUGAUUUUCAUUGUGGUGUGUGUGUGUUGUCAAAUUCCUUGUAAAAUGUACCUUAUUUCAGGGAAAACUGCAUUAUUUCCCGGUUCUCCCAAAAUGUUGCUUCAGUUCCUUUUGUUUUGUUCCCUUCCCUAUUUAUUUAUUUAAUUUAAUUUAAGUUAUUUCUGUUUUGUUGUCCCCACCCUACCUUCUACUGUAUGCAGUAUUCCCACCUGAAUGAACAUUAAUAGUUCGACCACUAGAGGGAGUCUGUCUGUCUAUCUGCCAUUUGCCAUCUUCUGUCCUGGAGUCAACAGUUAUCAGUGGGUCGCAGUAUUUUUCUCAUUGUAGCCAAUUUUCUUGUACAGUUUUAUGCAACUUUCACAUGGAUGUUUAUGACUUU